AUGGAGGAACCGGCUUCGCAGGAGGCGCUGGCCCGCCUGGCCGAACUCUCGGCUCCCGCGCCCGCACAGGACAAGGCCAGCGAACGGCAGGGGGAGACGAUCGAGGAGCGUUGCUUCUCGGCUGCGCUCAUCUGCCUCGAAGCGCACUUCAGCCGGUCGCCGGCCAUGGGUCCUCUCACGAUAACUCGGGUGAACUCGAUGGUGUCAAAGACUCUGGAAAAGACGCAUACGCUACGGGCAACCAGAGAGUCCUUGUCACGCAACGUUGGCAUCUGGAUCUGGCUCACCAAGAUUUUUGCCGCUGCCAUCCCCUGUCUCACCACCCGAUCCGUGGGCCCCCUGGCGAGCCUGGACGACCCCGAGAAAGGAGUGUCUCCGCAGGAGAGCACGGCGCUCAUCGUCAUGAACCACGCGACCAUCAAGGAGGACUUGGGGACGCUCAUCAAGCUCAUGCACAUCGCCAGGAACCUCCUCGUCAACGCCGAGCCAGAGGUUCCGCAGGACUUGUGCGCCGCCGUCCAUUUUGACCAGAUGGUCUACCAAACCAUCAUCCUCUGCGUCAACGUCACAAGCAAGGGGUAUGAUGGCGAGAUUCUAGACGAGGCGCAGCGGGUGAAGCUUGCCGACAUCACCGAGCUAUACAAGAAACUCCUAGUAACGUCGCUUCAACAAGCCCACAAUUGGACGGCGAAGCAUGAUCGAAACAAAACAUCUUUCUGGUUCGACGUACUCUUCGACGACGAGGUCGGUCGGUACCUCGGGCCCGACGAGGGCAUCGGAGACGGCCCAGGCUUCCGGCCCGAAGUCGCCAAGAAGCAGGUGCAGAACUGGCUGGACCGCAACUCCAAAAUGUGCGAACCGGCUCGCAAGCUGCUCCGGGAAUAUGCCGAAAAUCACGCGCUGAGCCCUCCGGCAACCCUGGGGCCCAUCCGUCCUUUGGCCUGGAAUUGGCUGCCAAACGACACGGCCCCUCGUCCCAUAGACCGGGUCGAGGGUGUCGAUAAGAUCCACCCCGUCUGGAAACCGGGCGAAAGGGACGCGGCUGCCCAGGAUCGAGCCUACGGCCGCGUGUCCAGAGAGAUCGACACCUGGUGGCUUCGCGCCCGCGACCCCAACUACGAGGCGUGGGUCAUCGGCAUGCCGUCGGUCGAGUUUGCCCAGUCGCGGACCGAGCAUUGCAAGAACAAUCUGGUCCACCGGUACGCCCACUCCUACCGAGGCGAGCAUUCACCGCCCCCGGAGGUUGUCGAGGAGGAUCUAUCCGAGCACGAGCACUGCCAUUGCCCCGAGUGCCACGGGUGCCACCACGACGACCAUCAACAUGAGGACGAAGCCGACGACGAAGACGAGCAUGACGACGAAGACGAGCACGAAGACGAGCAUGAGCAUGACCACGACCACGACCACGACCACGAUCACGAUCACGACCACGAACACGAACACGACCACGGCCAUGACCACGGCCACGAACACGAGCACGACAACGAGGACGAUCACGGCCACGAUGACAAGUUGGAGGCGUGUGGUCAUCACCACCAUCACCACGAUCACGAUCACGAGUACGCGCACGACUACCCAGACGAUCUGAUGGACGACGACGCCGACGACGACAUCUCUUACGGCGAGGGGCCCUUGACCGGCUUGCUGACCGAGGUACCCAACAUCCUGGACCCGAAGCAGAUCGAAGCGCUGCACAUGAUUGUCAAGUCCUGCAUCCUGGACAACGCGGGCUCCGGUCUCUCCAGCGCGGGCGAGAACUUGCAAAAGACCCGAUGUCGCAUGUUCCUCGCCCUCGACUGCGGCAAGAGCUUGCUGAGGGAGUUGCUCGUCUUCAUCGCCGUCUGGGACAAGGACGAGCAGUCGUUGAUCUUCCAAGUCACGACGCAGAUCAUCGAGGCGCUCCACCACAGCGCCUUGAUUCCCUACGCCUGGAAUUCGCUGCGGAUACCAAAGGACAUCGUCUCGCCAGCCCAAACGGUGCUGCUGCGGCUCGUCAACCACAUGUUCCGCGCGCGAAGCCACAACGCGCCGUCGCAGGAGGCCAAGGAUAACACGAGGGACAUCAAGCUCGUGCACUUCUUCUUCAGCUUCUUCCGCAGCCGCAUCGUGCCCGAGUGCGCCGCCCUCAUGCACCUGCAGGCUCAGAUACGCGAGCAGCAGGUCGACCCGGCCGAGUUCCCCGUCGACAGCUGGGACAUGGAACGCGCCAAGGAUGGCCUGGCGCAGUACCUCGACUUCCUCACCACCGUGGCCGAGAUGCCGAGCAUGAGGCCGAAGCUGGUCCAGUGGGUGGCCGUGUACGACCUCAUCACCAUCCUCAGCGGCCUUGAGGCCGGCGUGCAGAAGAAGGCGCUGAUCGAGCUGCCGAAGCGAGCGCCGGCGGGCGAGGGCGGGUCGGCGUUGGUCGAGCGGCCGUACGCGACAUCGUCGGAGGUCCCAUCGCCGCCGCCGCCGCCGCCGCCGCUGACGGAGCCGGCGUACAGGUUCCCGUGGUCGGGCAUCAAGGGGCAAAUAUUCACCAUCAUCGCGACGCUGCUGCAGCCGCCGGCGGGGCAGAGCAGCCCGGGAAAUGCCGAGGUGCAGAUGCAGAUGGUCAACUACAACGGCAUCGUGCCGCUCCUGAACUGCUGCGCGUACGACGACCACAACCCGUACGCGAAGGAGCGGGUCACCAUCUGCCUCAAGUGGCUGCUCGACGGCUGCGAGGCGGCCAACACCUUCUUCCGCGAGCUCGUCAGCAUGGCGCCGCAGCCGAACCUCAAGCCACCGGCGGGCGGCACGACGGUGUCGACGAUCAAGGUGGACGGAAUCGAAGGCGAAGUCAAGGUGCAGGUGCGCUCGAGCUCGCACGCCGACGUUCAGCUCGAGGGUCGAGAUGGAGGCGGUGGCGGCGAAAACAAGAGGGACAUGGACGCAGACUUCUUGGAGCGCGCCGCCUCGCUCAGCCUCGGCGCGGCCCCGGUCGCGUCGCGAGGCAGCAUCGAGGAUGACUUUAUGGCGUGA